AAUGGAGCUAAGUAGGUCCCCCCCGAGUUUCAAUGCAAAAAUUACCAUGCUACACCUCUCGACACCCAAAAUCUCAACCGUACAUUUUCUUCCACUAGAUCGUUCCAGCCCAAAUUCAACGGGAAAGAGCUUCAAGAAAAACCCACGGCACAGAAUGGAGUUCACGUUAAAAAGAAUCUAAUCAGGACCGUCCAAUAAUUUUAAACCUUUGCUAAUAUGCCUAUCUAUAUAUUCAGUCCAACAAGAGACUGCAAAUCCGGCAAUUCCACAUACGAACAUGGACUCGAGAAACCCAAGCUCUCUCUCUCUAACUCUCUCUCAUAACUGUCUCUCUCUAACCCUUUUUUCUCUCCUUCUCUCUCUAACCUUCUUCCAUGGCCACUGUCAAGAAGACCAAGUCCUCCUCAAGAUCAAACAACAGUGGGGAAACCCCCCUCCACUCCUUUCAUGGAACUCAACCAGUGGCCAUCACUGUAACUGGUUUGGAAUCACCUGUGAUUCAAAUUCAAUCACAGGAAUCUCUCUCUCCAAUCUAAACAUCACUGAAAAAAUCCCAGAUUCAAUCUGUGACCUAAAGAACCUUACCCACCUUGAUGUUUCUUACAAUUGUAUUACAAGUGAAUUUCCUGAAGUUUUGUUCAACUGUUUUCGCCUUGAAUUCCUUGACCUGUCCCAAAACUAUUUUGUUGGUCCAAUUCCAUCUGAAAUUUUUCGCAUAUCCAAGCUUAAACAGCUAAAUUUGUCGGCGAAUAACUUCUCUGGAGAUAUACCCGAUGGAAUUAGCCGUAUUUCUGGACUAGAAAACUUGUAUCUUCACGCUAACCAGUUUAAUGGCUCGAUUUCGCCUGAAAUUGGGAAUUUGUUGAACCUUUCAGAGCUACUUUUGGCCUAUAAUCCAUUCCCUCCGGCAAAGAUCUUGCCGGAAAUUGGGCGCCUGAAAAAAUUGACUUAUCUUUGGAUGAAAGAAAAUAAUUUGGUUGGAGAAAUGCCUGAUUUCUAUGGAAAUUUGACUGAGCUCAGGCAAUUGGAUCUCUGCAACAAUCGACUCAGUGGCAAAAUUCCUCGCAGCUUGAUGAGCUUGAAGAAGCUUGAGUUUCUGUAUCUUUCUUAUAACAAUUUGACAGGGAUUAUACCAAGGCCCAUUCAAGCUUUGGGAUUGAUAAACAUGGAUCUCUCCAUUAAUCAACUCAGCGGAACUAUACCAGAAGAUAUUGGGAACUUGAAGAAUUUGACAAAUUUUGCGUUGUAUCGAAACAAAUUAACGGGUGAAAUUCCUUUAGGGCUUGCUCAAAUUCCAUCUUUAUACGAUGUGAAGCUUUUCAAGAACAAAUUAACUGGUGUUUUGCCUCCUGAUCUUGGAAAAGAUAGCCCUCUUUAUAAUCUUGAGGUUUCAGAGAACUCGCUUUCUGGUAAUUUGCCUGAAAGUCUCUGUGCAAGUGGCCAUCUUGAUGCCAUAGUGGUUUUCUCGAAUAUUUUUUCAGGGGCUCUGCCUGAAUCUCUGAGCAAUUGUAGAAAUUUGAGAAGUAUGCAGGUUCACCUUAACAAAUUUUCCGGCGAAAUUCCGGCCAAAAUUUGGAGUUUGGAGUUCAUGGAGGUUAUGAUGCUGGGAAAUAACUCAUUUUCCGGUCAGAUUCCAGCCAUUUUAGCCAAGAGACUAACCAGAUUAGAGGUUCAAAACAAUCGCUUCACUGGUAAGAUCCCUUCUGGCAUUUCGAGCUCAGUUAAUCUAACUGUUUUCAAAGGGAGCAACAACCAAUUUUCCGGUCAGCUUCCGGCUGAAAUCACAGCUUUGAGAAAGCUGGAAACCCUUUUACUUGACCGAAAUAAACUUUCCGGUGAACUUCCAGCCAAAAUUGAGUCUUGGGAGUCUCUGGCUCGUUUGGAUAUGAGCUAUAACGAGCUCGAAGGAACCAUUCCAAAAUCCCUCGGGUCUUUACCUUCACUAAACAGUCUUGACCUAACCAAUAACAAAUUUUCCGGCGAGAUUUCGCCGGAAAUAGGUGAGCUCCGGCUAAGUUUCCUGAACCUAUCUGGCAACAAUCUCGCUGGAAAAAUCCCUCAUUCUUUUGAUAGCCCUGCUUUUGAUCUGAGCUUCUUAGGAAACCCCGCUCUAUGUGGUGUAAUCGUUCAUCCUUGUGAAAAACGCACCAGAGAUUCAGGCGAUGGAUUGCCGGGAUAUUUGGUGGCAAUCUUGACAGUCACGGGAAUAUUCUCCAUGGUCAUGCUUGCCUUCACAAUAGCGACCCUAUUUCAUCGCCGGAAAAUAUUUUCAGGAGAAGAUCCAGGGAACUGGCAGGUGACCUCGUUUCAGAAGCUGGGGUUUUCAGAGUCUGAGAUCCUUCAACAACUCACUGAAAACAACGUGAUUGCCAGGGGAGGAACCGGAAAAGUUUUCCGAGUAGCCAUCAGAGAGGAAGUAGUUGCAGUGAAAAAGAUAAGCAAAUCGGAGAAGAGAAAUCCAGAGAACGAGAAGGAUUUCCAUGGAGAAGCUCAGAUUUUGGGGAAAAUCCGGCAUUCGAACAUACUGAAGCUGUUGUGCACGAUUUCAGGCGAGGAAUCAGAGCUUCUGGUUUACGAGUUCAUGGAGAGAGGGAGCUUAGAGGACUGUCUCCAUGGUGGCCAAGGUGCUUUAAUGGCGUGGCCCCUGAGGCAUCAGAUCGCCAUUGAUGUAGCACAGGGACUAUGCUACAUGCACCAUGGUUGCUCGCCCGCCAUAAUACACAGAGAUGUGAAGUGCGGUAACAUACUGAUGGAUGAGGAGUUUAGGGCAAAAAUUGGGGAUUUUGGGGUGGCGGAAACAGUGGAUAAGUUGGGGCAGGGAGUGCCGAUGUCAGCUGUUGCAGGAUCCUAUGGCUACAUCGCUCCGGAGUAUGCAUACACAAUGAAGGUGACUGAGAAGAGCGACGUCUACAGCUUUGGCGUGGUCCUCUUAGAGCUAGUGACCGGCCGCUCAGCCAACAAAUGUGAUGGCCACAGUAGCCUUGUGGACUGGACUCUAACUCAAAUUCAAAAUGACAAGUCAAUAUAUGGAGUCUUGGAUAAAGCAAUAUGUGAGCCCAGAUUUGCAGAGGACAUGGGCUUGGUGCUGAGGUUAGGGCUCAUGUGUGCCAUCCAUUCUCCAUCUCAGAGGCCAUCCAUGAAAGAGGCUGUGAACAUACUGUUGCAAUGUAGUCCUGGGGGGACUGGUAAGAAAAUCAUGGGCCCUGAGUUUGAUGCUGCUCCUUUGCACCCUAAAAGCCCAUCAGUUUAUUUUCUUGGGAUAAGGGGUAGUAGGAGACACAAGUCCAUUGAGGAAGACAUUGGGGUGGUGGACAAUGUAUAUUAGUCUCGACUCUUGUCAUCUCUCCCCUAUCUCUCUUUCUUAUGAAGUUUUAUGCAUGAUUAGUAUGAUAAAGAUGUAAAGUAGGCUUCCAGAGAAAAUGUAUAUAAGGAGAUCACUUACUUUUUGCUAUCAGGAGGUCCCAAUCAUUGUUGACCGUUA